AUGAAGCGUAACCCCGCACUGAAUGGCAUGCGGGGAAGCAAGCCAGCACCAGCCAACGUCGAUGACAACUACGUCUUCAUCCAACAACGGCUUGCCCCCCUCCCCCACGCCCUCCGCAAACCCCGGCCGCCGCCCAUGGCCGAUUUUUACCCCGAGGCGCGCAAGCGCUUCCCCGCACUACAAGCCAACCUCCCCCAGGUCUUCUUUGACAAUGCUGGCGGCAGCCAGACGCUCGACACCGUCAUUGAAUCGAUCCGCACAUACCUCUGCCAUUCAAACGUGCAGCUCGGCGGCUCCUACGCCGCCAGCCACCGCGCCACCGCCAGCUACACGCGCGCCUUUGCCGACGCCGCCGCCUUUAUCCGCGCCAGCCCGGACGAGGUCGUCUUUGGCGCGUCGGCCACGCAGCUGCUCCGCACGCUCGCCUGGACGCUUCUGCGCUCCUUUGCAGCCGGGGACGAGCUCGUCGUCUCGGCCAUUGACCACGAGGCCAACAUUGCGCCGUGGGUCGACCUCGCCGAGCGCGCCGGGCUGGUCGUCAGGUGGUGGCGGCCGCGGGACGCGCUGGACCCGGAGCUGCACGCGCUGGACCUGGCGCCGCUGCUGUCGCCGCGCACGCGCCUCGUCGCCUGCACGCACGCGAGCAACGUCCUCGGCAGCGUGACGGACAUUCGCGCCAUCUCGGACCUUGCGCACGGCGUCGGCGCGCUCGUCUGCGUCGACGGCGUCGCGUUUGCGCCGCACCGGCCCGUGGACGUGCGCGCGCUCGGCGCCGACUUUUACGUCUUUUCGUGGUACAAGGUGUACGGGCCGCACGUGGCCACGCUGUACGCGAGCUGGGGCGCGCAGGCCGGCAUGCGCUCGCUCGGUCACUUCUUCAACCCGCAGGCGAGCCUCGCCGACAAGAUGGGGCUCGCGGCCGGCAGCUACGAGCUGUGCCAGUCCGUGUCGGCCGUCGUCUCGUACCUCGGCGACGGCGAGUGCGGGUCGUGGGGCGGCUUCGAGGACCACGAAGAGGCCCUUACCGAGGCGCUGCUCGCGUACCUGCGCGGCGUCCCGGGCAUCAGCAUCUACGGCAAGCGCCACGUGCAGGCGGCGAGGCUACCGAUUGUGAGCUUCACCGUCGAGGGGUGGGACGCGCGGGAGCUGGUCGAGGCGGUCGAGGCGCGCUCCCACUACGGCUUGCGUUGGGGUUGCUUUUACUCGAACCGGCUCGUCCGCGAGACGUUGCUGCUCAAGCAGGACGGCGUUGUGCGUGUGAGUUUGGCGCAUUACAACACAAUGGAAGAAGUGCUUGGUCUCAUCAAGAUUCUCAAGGAGGUUCUGCCAUUGUCGAGCGAACGAAACAAAUAG